AAAAAACCCCCAUCCAGAACUUGGCAAUCCUAAAUCCGCAAACUCCGCCACUCAGCACCAUUCUUCCAUUGACUCGCCGUCCGAAUCAGCGUCUUACCCUCGCCCGCAUCAAGAAGAUAUCCCUGGGUCUCGUCCCGGACAGGUCCACGCAUAAUACAAUGACGUCCGCUUCUGAUCCUCGGUACGCCGAAACCUGCGCAUUCUGCACCAUCGGCGCGACGUACCCACCCAGCACGAACACACCGAUUCCAUCCGAUCCCAACCCAGAGCUGCUCUCGCCGCAAUGCCACCUCAUCCUCUCGACGCCCUACGUCCUCGCCUUCCUCGACAUCAUGCCCAUGGCUCACGGCCAUAUCCUCCUCACGACACGACAGCACUACACCAAACUCUCCGACCUCCGCGAGCCACCUCCCAGCACUCCUCCCAAUCAGCUCUGGCAGCCGCGACGGCCGCCCUCUGACGCCGAGGAAUCCGCGCGCGCACUGGGCCAAUGGCUACCCGUGGUAUCGCGGGCGCUGUGCGCCGUCACGGGCGUCGAGGACUGGAACGUGGUGCAGAACAACGGGCACCGGGCGGCGCAGGUGGUUCCGCAUAUCCACUUCCACCUGAUUCCGCGGUAUCAGGAGGACCGACGGCGUCCGGUCAAGGGUCAGGGCAAGGGCGGCGAUGUGGAGCAGUUAAAGAGUUGGAAGAUGUUUGGUCGGGGCACGCGGGAGGACCUGGACGAUGAUGAGGCUAAGGUUCUGGCUGGGCAGUUGCGGGAGGCGAUUCGGCUGGAGGUGGAGAGGAGUGAUAAGGCGAAGCUAUAGAGGAAGUGGUGUGGAAGGAGUUUGUGAUCUACUAAAUCUCAGAUACGACAAGAUCAUGGGCAGGACAUCAAGGUGCACCGGUGCAAUAGGUGGGAUCGAUGUGCUGGGCUAGCUACCGUCUCUGUGGCUAUAAAUGUACGGUCCGUCACACCUUGACAGGAGGCGAGGCGCACAAAGCCUGUCGGGCGAACUUUGUUCGCUGGAGUCAAGCACGAAGGAAGUAACGACUCGAGAUAGAGUCCAAGGAGCAAGAGCGGUACGAGAGGUACUCAAGGCUGUUACGCCAUUUGAUCAUGGCCGAAUGUAUGAAACAUUAUCUAUUUACACUGGAAAGCUCCGGCUCGUUGACAGCACAGAGUGUAAUCUAAAAGCUGCCUUCCCGCUUUGCUUCGACGGCACUGAAACGUCCGUCGCUGGAUAUGAAGGCAUGAUGAAUGAUCGUUAUUAGCGGGGGAGAUGCCGCGGAAGAGAAAUGAUACACAAAAGUUUGC